AGGAGCUAACCGCUAACCUCACUCCGCGCGGCGCCAUCGUCCUGCUCGAUAUCGACCUGUGGCGGAAAACCGUAACAAAAACAAAAACUACAACAAUUUAAGGCGAAGAAGAAAUAUGCCUCGGGUUUACAUUGGGCGACUGAGCUAUCAUGUCCGCGAAAAAGACAUCCAGCGAUUUUUCAGCGGAUACGGGAAACUCAUGGAAGUCGAUUUAAAAAACGGCUACGGAUUCGUGGAGUUCGAGGACAACCGAGACGCCGACGACGCCGUGUACGAGCUGAACGGGAAGGAGCUGUGCGGGGAGCGGGUGAUCGUGGAACAUGCCCGUGGGCCGCGGCGAGACCGAGAUAGCCACGGUGGGGGUUACUCGGGCGGCGGAGGUGGUGGUGGUGGCGGCGGAGGAGGAGGAGGAGGAGGAGGCGGCGGCGGUGGUGGGCGCAGUAGCGGUUACAGCAGCCGAAACAGCCGCACUGGCAGGGACAAGUAUGGACCCCCAGUCCGUACUGAGUACCGUCUCAUCGUGGAGAACUUGUCCAGCCGCUGCAGUUGGCAAGACCUUAAGGACUUCAUGCGCCAGGCCGGGGAAGUGACCUACGCAGAUGCUCACAAGGAGCGCACCAAUGAGGGAGUGAUAGAGUUCCGAUCCCCGUCGGACUUGAAGAGGGCUAUAGACAAAUUGGACGGUACAGACAUCAAUGGGCGGAAGAUUCGUCUGGUGGAAGACCGCUCUCGUAAACGAAAGUCCUACUCUGGCAGCCGCUCCAGAUCUCGUAGUCGCCGCCGCUCUCGCAGCAGGAGCCGCAGGAGCUCAAGGAGCCGUUCCAGGAGUCGCUCCAGAUCCCACUCCAGAUCUCGUUCCCAUAGCAACAAGAGACGUCAGAAUUCCCGCUCCAGAUCUGGAAGGAAGUCUCGCUCCAAGUCAGGAGAAAGAAAAUCACAUUCUCGCAAUCGCAGGUCUCUUUCCCGGUCUCGCAAAUCUAAAUCUAAAUCUCGUUCUCGCUCUCGCUCCCGCAAGUCCCAAUCCCGUUCGGCCGAUCGGAAAUCCAAGUCUCGCUCAAAGAGCCGUUCUAAGGUGAAGUCAGAGCGCGGUUCUCGCAGUCGUUCAAAGGAAAUGUCCGUUAACAAGAAGUCCCGCAGUCGCUCCGCUUCCCCAGUAGAGAACGGGAAGGAGGAGCGUGCUGCCAAAUCUGCCUCCCGCUCCCCAUCCCCACGGGAGGAGGUUCGCCGAUCCAAGUCGAGGGAUAAACGCUCAGCCUCCCGCUCAAAGUCCCGUUCAAGAUCUUGCUCCCGGUCUAGAUCACCUUCUCAGGAUUAGUGGGAUGAGAGGAGGGAGGCGUUCCUCCAAUUGUUGAUCUUGAUCCCUUUGCUGUACAUUACGAGCAGCGUCGUCAUACUGGCUUAUGCUUCCUGACUUGUCUACUUUUCUCCUUCAAGUGUGCACUUGUCUUAAACUUGUUUUAGAUGCAGUUUUAUUUGAGAAAUGCACCACAGUGACGGGGCUCCUUUUUGGAAUGACGUGGGUCUCUGGAUCUCUUGCCUCCCCAAAAAUCACACUGUCAUCCUUUUUUCAAAAACAAAGUGCUAGUCUUUAGAGCUGCAACAUGAUGUAGUUUAAGUCAGUUCCCCUCAAACAUUUCUGCUUGUUAAAGCUGUCAAUAGCUUAGUGAAAAUUAAGUUUUCUUAAUUGGACUUAAUGAACUCAGUUUGCAUCAGAUCUUGUUCUGUUGGUAGAUUGAUUGUUUGCUUCCGCUAAUGACCACGUUGGCCAUCAGGGUUUGUUUGUUUCAAGUUUUUGGUUUCAUACUCAAACUGUGUGGUUGUGGGAGAAAAGUAGUAUAUGGCCACAGCAAUGGAGCAGUUUCCCCCUUUGAUCUGCAGCCUCUAAUUGCUUUUCAGUGAAUCCUCGAUCUUGGUGUCGCCUUGCGGGAGCCUAAAACGCGAAACCGGAUGCAAGAACUCGUAUUCGUCAUAUUUGCAAGUUUCUCUAUUAUGUUUGAACAACUUUCAUCAUAGGUGGAGUACUAUGACCUCCUUUUUAACCUCUUGUACAUAGACCUUGCGAUCAGCGUCAAACAUAAAAACAAUUGUGUAACCUUGACCUGGUAGUCUGUGGAAGACCACUUUCUUUUACUUGAUGGUUUUCAUUUUGGCUAGUUUCAAGGCCCCGAAUGCAGUGUCGCCUUUUACUUGGUUUUUCCUCCUCUGUUCUGAUUGUAGCCUUGAUAGUCCUUUUCAAAUUGUUGGAUCUUUUUUUUCCCCCUGCUAGUUAACUUCAGGGUUAUGGGUCUUGUUUAGCCUCUGCUUAUUUAAAGUGUACAGCUAGUUCUGCAGAUUUGUUUUUGUUCUCGAAAGGUACAUCUAUUUGAAUCUCUGGAGCGUCCGCUUGUUGGUUUAUAACAGAGCAAACAUCAUCAGACUGACAGAAUGCAGCCCCUCUCUCAUCUUGUGGAAUAGAUUCUUAUUUUUCUCCAUGCAAAUGAAAUCUAACAAAAAAUGUCCUUUUUUUAUUGUAUGUUCAAUUAAAGAUCUUAAAAGAAAAA